UCUACUUUCUUCGAAUCAGAUACCAAAAGUAACAGUCUUCACAUUACUAAACCUUUCCAUAUGAGAAACACUCUUUCUCUCUCAUUUUUCUUCCUCUAACAAUCUAAGAAACCCAAAAAGGAAAGAAGAAGAAGAAGAAAGCAGAGGAAAAGGUGGAAGUUUUGGUGUAGUUCAUUUCGUUAAUGGCGAAGCGUGGCGCUGAGGAAAUCACCAACGAAGCGGUACAAGAAAAAGAGGCUCACCCGUAUGCGUUUCAUGUGUCUGGACCUCGAAAUGUGUCUUCUCUUAAUUGGAGAGAGCUUAUAAAUUCUAGUUGGAAGGAUGGAAACUACAAAAGAACAGUAAUUGCUUGUUUUAUACAGGCAGUUUAUCUGCUUGAACUUGACAGACAAGAGAACAGAAGUGAAGAAAAUGCUCUAGCCCCAAAAUGGUGGAUACCCUUUAAAUACAAGCUAGUUCAGACCUUGGUUGAUGAAAGAGAUGGAUCGAUUUUCGGAGCAAUACUAGAAUGGGAUAGGUCUGCUGCCCUUUCUGAGUUAAUCCUCAUCAGACCGAGUGGUGCACCAAGAGCUGUAUUAGCACUCAGAGGAACACUCCUGAAGAGCUUAACAUUCCGAAGAGACAUUGAAGAUGAUCUCCGGUUUUUGGCUUGGGAAAGCUUGAAAGGCUCAAUCAGAUUCAAAGUGGCUUUGGAGGCAUUGAAAUCAGUGGCUGAAAAGUAUGGAAGUAGUAAUGUGUGUGUUGCAGGCCACUCUCUAGGGGCUGGUUUUGCUCUCCAAGUGGGAAAAACAUUAGCCAAAGAAGGAAUAUAUGUAGACACCCAUUUGUUCAAUCCACCUUCUGUUUCACUUGCCAUGAGCUUAAGAAACAUUGGAGAAAAAGCCGGUUUUGUUUGGAAGAGAUUCAAGUCAAUGCUUCCUUCUUCAAUCAGUGAGACUCAAGUCAACAGUGAAGAGGGAGAAACAAGUAAUAAUAAUAGUUGGAAAUGGGUGUCAAAUUUGUAUGGUUUGAAGAACCCGGGCCUGGCUUUGGGGAAAUGGGUACCUCAUUUGUAUGUAAAUAACAGUGACUACAUUUGUUGCUCUUAUACUGACCCUGAUGGAACAACAGAAGAGGAAAACAAGAGCAACAUUGAUAAAGAGAAUUUGAGGCCUAGAACCGGGCAAAUGGCGGCUAAGCUGUUUGUGAUGUCGAAGGGAAACCAGAAGUUUCUUGAAGCACAUGGGUUGGAGCAAUGGUGGUCUGAUGACUUAGAACUUAAUUUGGCUCUUCACAACAGUAAACUCAUAAGCAGGCAGCUGAAAUCCUUGUAUAGUCUUCCAAAUCCAGCUCCACAAACAAACACAGGGAAGCCCUCGCCUAACAAUAAAUAAGAAGGUUUGGCUGUUCUUACAAUUGUUAAAAAUAACUCAUUUUCUCCUCUCUGUGUCUUGUGUCUAUUGUGUGUCUGCAAUUGUUUUACUUUAUUUUUUUUAUUAUUAUUUUAUCUUUCUCUGUUAACGAUGUUUACCUUUCAUCAUCUUGAUAAUGAAUAUAUACAGUAGAUACUUUGCUUAAA